CGUCUCCAAUGUUGCUCUGUUCAUGCAUAUAACGUAACAUUAUAACAAUUAGACUUACAAAUACAUUUCCCAGCAUUCCCAACACCGUGUGACUUCACGAUUGGCCAGCAAUUUGGAUUUCAUAGGUCUCUAGUGGAAAUACACUGACAGUUUUCUUUCAAAAUUUGAGACGUUAAUCUUUAUCGUCACAGUCAUGAAAACCAGCGAUUAGACCAGAAUUUACACAGAAUCCUUCGGUGUAUUAGACGAGAGACAGUGUCGUUGGUCGCGAUUAAUGGUUUUAUGAGGAGUUCUAACGUUAGUUGAUCUGUUCUUGCUAAAGCAGACUGAAGAUGGAGGAUAAAGACUUUUUACUCGCUCUUCGUUUACAAGAGCAGUUUGAUCAGGAGACUGCGACUGCUGGAUGGACUGAUGAAGACUGUCCGUCCAGUAAGAAGCGGAAGAUUGACUCCUCUGGUGUGAUGGAUGUGAUUUCAUACUCCCAGCCCAGACCAGAGAGACCGCUGUCCAUCGUAGAUGAGUCGUGGGAGAUGCUGGACCCCAAUCCGGACGUGAGAGCCAUGUUCCUGCAGUUCAAUGACAAGUUCUUCUGGGGGAAACUCAGCGGUGUGGAGGUCAGGUGGAGUCCACGGAUGACACUAUGUGCUGGUGUUUGCUCUUAUGAGGGAAGAGGAGGCUUGUGUUCUAUUCGGCUCAGUGAACCACUCCUGAAGCUCAGACCCCGCAAAGAUCUUGUACAGACUCUUCUUCAUGAGAUGAUCCACGCUCUUCUCUUUGUGACUCAAAACAACAGAGAUCGAGAUGGCCAUGGUCCAGAGUUCUGCAAACACAUGAACAGAAUCAACCAAGCAAGUGGCACCAACAUCACUGUAUAUCACUCCUUUCACGAUGAGGUGGACGUGUACAGGCAGCACUGGUGGCGCUGUAAUGGACCUUGUCAGAAUCGCAGACCGUUCUUUGGAUACGUGAAGCGUGCGAUGAACAGACCUCCCUCGGCCAGAGACCCCUGGUGGGCUGAGCACCAGAGGACCUGCGGUGGAACAUACACCAAAAUCAAAGAGCCAGAGAAUUAUGGGAAAACAGGCAAAAGUGAUAAAAAGAAAGACAAGAACCCUUCCGAUGAGACCUCCAGGAAACCAAAGCCUCCCAGCAGUGCAACAGGCUCUGGCUCACAAGACCUCAGAAAUAUAAUUCCAUUCAGUGGGAGAGGGUUUGUUCUUGGUUGGAACACACAGACUUCCAUGAACAAGCAGAAUCAGAGUCCUCCUAAAGCACAACCCGAACCUCUCGCCUCUCCUCCUGACUCGCCGCUCCUUCCAAGACUGCAGCCCAGCGAGGCAAACUCGUCCAAAAGAGUCAGCUCCGGUGCAUCGAAUGUUCCCCGCAGAAAGUCUGUUGGUAACACUAAUGCCUUCGUCAACGUCAAUGGCUCGCCUGUGAGAAUUACCAAAGUUAAUGACUUUAAAGGCAAGCAGAGGUCGGUACGAGAUCUCUUCCAGGACAUAGUCCUCAAAUCUCCAGAGAGAGCAAUCAGUGCUGCUGGUUCCUCCAAGCCUGCUGCAGAUGCCUCAACAGCAAACCCUGCUAAAUGCAUUGGACCAUCUUCAUCUAGUGCCUUAGACGGGCAAACUAGCCUGAUCAAUAACCAUAACUCAUACAGUGCCACAGUGCCAAAGCCAGAGUCGCAUCUCUCCAAAUAUUUCGGCAGCAGUGCUCAAACUUCGAAAUUCCAAGAUUCACAGUUGAAAACUUUAGGAAGCCCCCAAAAGUCUGGAACACCGGGUUACUUUUCUAAGCUCUUCGGAAGUAACCAAAAACUAGGAUCAGAUGCUAAAAGCUCAGGAUUGCGAAACACUGGCGGUCCCCGAAGUUCACAUACUUCAGUUACUUCAGGGUCCAGUUCCAAGCACUUUGGAGGCUCCGAAAAGCCUGAAUCCAACUUUCCGAGCCCUAGAAGCAUCGGCAGCCCCCGGACAUCAGGGACGACGCCUUCAGGAGCCAAGAAGAGAUCAUGGGACGACCAUAAAUCUGAACAUAUCUUUGAUUACUUCCAGCAGACAAACGCCAAGUCCUCCACGUCCGCAGUGCAGCAGAGAGAGGCGGUGGAAGAGCUAGUCAGGGAUCAGCAAGCAAACAAUCCUCCAAUCCUGAUCACCGUCCACUGCCCCGUGUGCCACAUCAAAGUCCCAGAGUCCACGAUUAAUGAACAUCUGGAUUCCUGUCUGUCAUAACCACUGAGGGGAAGUACAGGCCGUAGGGCUUUAAUAAAGCUACUGUGAUAUUCCAUUGCUCAGGUAUAGCUUCAAAUAGAAAGAUUAAAUAUCAUUUUAUGUCAUAGUAGAGAUAUUUUAAUUCCAAUGUAAUAGCUAUAAGUGACAGUUCUUAAAAUAAAUGACAUUUAAGUCUACAAAGUGCGCCAUAUUUCCUUUUGCACUUUUGUGCAAUUACUGCACUGUAAAAAGUGAAAGUUGACUUAACUUAAAAAAACUGAGGAAACCCUUUGCCUUAAAAUUAUUAAGUACAUAAUAAUAAUAAUAAAAAAAGUUAAUAAUUUACUUAAAAAUUAUCAUUAAUUAUCAUAAUUAAUUAUCAUUUACUUAAAAUUUUAAGGCAACGGGUUUCCUCAAUUUUCUUAAGUUAAGUCAACUUAUCACUUUUUACAGUGUGACUUACUCUACCUCAUUUUUGCCUCAUGGGAAGAAUGUUGUUCGUGAUUGACAGCUUAGUUGAAAUUGAGUGAGUGGUUUAAAGAGGUGUGUGGGUUGAUGUCCGCAGUUCAUGUCGAAUCAGCAGUACUGAAUUUCGCACACGCAUUGGCUGUCCGCUGUGGGAUUUAGAUGUGCUUAGCUUUCUGCCGGAUCAGGCUUUGCAAGGUCGCUUUCAUCUCGGUGUCAUCAAUAACAGCUCUGGCAGGUUGGCCCAUGAGUGGGGGCGGAGCUUGUGCCACCUUCUGCAUAAUAAUUUCAUAUCUACUUUACGCCCUAGAGGAAUACGCACAAUUAAAAAUGAACUCCACCCAGAAGUGAGUUUUGGGUGUGCAGGUUCAAACCUUCUGAUGUAAUAAUAAUCAUGAUAUAUUGUUAAGUCACAAGUAUUGUUGUGUUUCAAACCCAGCGACCCACCUUUGAAAGAAACAAUGCCUGAUGACGAGUUCACGCUGCUCGGGUUACUUGUAGAUCACGCAGAUGUUACUUUUGGCGUGGUUCACUUAAAGGCCUGUGCGCAUAACGUUGAUUUACGUAAAAAGAGGCGGGACGCAUUGAUUUGUUUAGUGUUUGACAUGCUGAUGUCAUUUGUAAUGUAUGCAUGUGGUUUUAACAUGUACUACAGGUUCUCAAGGAAAACCGUGCUGUCUGUUUAUGCAUCAUUCUCUGUUGGGAGUGAAAACUUUGCACAAUUUAUUGUUGGCCAAUUUAGGGUCAGACGUUUUGUUUUAAAAUAUUGAUGCUCUAUUUUAACAUAAAAUUAAGAAGUUUAUUAAGUGGUUAUAAAUGUCUGUAUGUUGAUUUUGUUAAGUGGAUUUUUCUAUCGUGUUUUCAAAUACAAAAUUGUGCCUGAUUAUUUUUGACUCAUGUUGCCUAUAAACUGUUGUAGUUAACUUUGUUGAAAUAAAUGUUCGAUUAUGUAUUUCAGUAUCCCUUUGUCUUUUUGAAACACUCUUGUGAAAAAUUGUAAGUGUUUAUUUUCAUCGAGUUUUACAUAUGGGUAAUUCUGGUAAUAUUUUAAAAAUGAAUAUGCUUGUUUGUAAUUUUAAGAAAGUAUUUUUACAGAAUAAAGUUGACUUAACGGCCAUUC